UCAUGUGAAGAGGUCCAUCGUCGAGGGUUUGGAGAUCGCGUGUCCGCGUCGGCGCUUCCGGUUUGCCUCGAUCCCUGGGAAUUUCUCACAAUGCAGGGCUGAAUCGCCGGGGAUUGAUGUCAUCAAUGCGUGGAAUGCUAAGAAUGCGUCGCAGAUUCGCUGCCGCUGCUACGAAUGGAGCUCUCAAGUCGUACUCUGUCGCGGCGGAAUCCCAGGGCGUUGGGCUUUGUCCCUAUGGACGUCGUGAGCAUAUGAAGCUUCUCAUGGAGUUCUUCCAGAAGAAUCUUCCCAGAGCGUGUACUUUCCUGGCCCCGUCGACGAACUUUGCAUCAGCGUCGUACCGAUUUCCUGUCAGGAAGUUCCAGUUUAGAUCGUCGUCUGUGCAAACAAUCGGGCCGAGAUGCUGCGCUUUGCCCGUCAGAUAUUUCUCGAGCACUCCAUCGCCAGAAGCACUAGAUCGGCUAAGUUGCUGCAGCCACAAGAGGGACUCCGACUCCGACGAUGAGACCGAGUCUCUGGGGCGGUGUUCUUACGUCCAGCCUCCAGGUAAUCGGGAAGAGGCAACCGAGAAACUCCAGGAGGAAUUCGAAACUGCGAUGAAGUGCUUCGAAGACGCUCCACCAUGCCUGGACGACAUUCCGAAGAUAAAUCCCAAUGGUGUUUAUGCCAACCAUAACUUGCGCUUGGAUCUCAUCAGCGUCUAUGGAUUUGACUACGACUUCACGUUAGCUCACUACACUGCGAGUUUGCAGCAUUUGAUUUACGACCUUGCCAAAGAACAGCUUGUAAAAGAGCUGAAAUAUCCGGAGUCAUGCUUGGAUUUCAAGUAUGAUCAGAGUUUUCCAAUAAGAGGGUUAUAUUACGAUAAGAAACGGAGCUAUCUGCUGAAGCUAGACUUUUUCCACUGUGCGGAAGUUGCGAGCUGUUUCUUUGGCCGCCGGCGUUUAACGCAUGAGGAAGUCGAGCAAGCAUAUGGAGGAAAGCAUAUAAGCCCAGAGAACUUAAGUAACCUCGUCCCUCUUAUGGAUUUAUUUUGCUUGAGCGAGGUCUGCCUUCUCUCCGAUGUUAUUCAACAUUUCGUAGAUCAAAAGCUCCAGUUUGAUCCUGGUUAUGUGUACGAGGACGUAAGACGCUCUGUUGAGAAUAUCCAUCGAACCGGACUUUUACAUAAACUUGUCCUUGAACGCCCAGAGGAGUACCUUGUGAAAAAUGAAGCUGUCACCCGGAUGCUAAAAAGGCUUAAAGAGAUAGGAAAAAAGACGUUCAUGAUCACAAACUCUCCUUUUCCGUUUGUAGAUGGAGGGAUGAGAUACUUGUUUCAGGAAGACGGAGACGACGGAAGCUCCUGGAGAGAGUUGUUUGAUGUUGUUGUGGCUCUAUCAGAUAAGCCAAACUUCUAUUCCUCUCAACGACCAUUCAGGCAUUACGAUAUAGAAGCCGACAGCCUAACCUUUAACAAGGUGGAGGAGUUUGAACCUCAUGCUGUUUAUUACCAUGGAUGCUUGAAGGACUUUCUUCAAAUCACGAAGUGGCGAGGAACAGAGGUCCUGUAUUUUGGAGAUCACUUAUUUAGUGAUUUACGAGGCCCUUCAAAGGCUGGAUGGCGCACGGCUGCUAUAAUUCGGGAGCUUGAGAGGGAGAUCGCUACACAAAAUGAAGAUGAAUAUCGCAUCCACCAGGCACGAUAUCAUAUGGUUCAAGAGCUGCUUGGCAAAUAUCACGGCUUGCCUGUGGGACCUAGAAGGGACAAAGAAAAAACUCUUCUCCUGGCAUUAAGAAAGGAACGCUUGAAUGCGAGAUUAUCGAUGAGCCAGAUGUUCAACCGCUACUUUGGUUCAACGUUCCUCACAGAUACUGGCAAAGAGUCGGCUUUCGCAUAUAACGUGCAGAAGUACGCGGACGUGUAUACAAGCCGCCUUGAGAACUUGAUGACAUAUUCCAGUGAAGCGUGGCUCUAUACCCCGUUCGACGUGAAGAUUUUGCCGCAUCAUAUCAAGCUUGUGUGUGACUACAGGUCGGGCCGUCUAAAGUUUUCAAGGAUUGGCCAUUUGAAUCCUACCCAGCAUAGUGAAGAUCAGCUUCAUGAACACCUGGAGCCACAACUGGAAAUGGCGGAUCGCUGAUGUGGAUAGAUUGGACGAGACACGACUUGUGGAAACGGGGAACAAAAAAUAACGAAGAUAGGUACCGUUUUGGAGUUAAGUUUCGUGGAGAAGUUUUGGGAAGCUCCGCUGUAUGUUGUCUCCAGCUGAGACUCUGUCCUCUUGGGCUUCCUCCACACUAGGCCGGUUAUGGAGGAGGAGGACUAGUACUGGCGGAAUUGUAGAGGAACCAGCGGUAGCAGGAAAUCCGAUAGGUGGGGAAUCAGGAACUUCGAGUGGAGCAGCAGCUCCAGAAUCAACAAUGGUGCUGCGAUCGCAAUCUAGAAGAAGGAAAACUCCGGAGCCGUCUAUCGUGCGUCGUCGCAGAAGACCAGGAGGCAAGGGACGCAGGAGACGACGGAGAAGACGCGCGAAAACUCACUCAAGUCGUUCGUGAUCCAUGGAACCAUUCUUUCAAUCAGAGCUGGGAAAAUCUAGCUUUUAAUGCGAGUUUAUAGAGCUC